GUCGCUGUUGUCGACGCGCAUGCCCAACAGCGUACUUCCUAAUAUCUCGAGAUGUCUGCCACUCUCAGACCUUAUCUUAGUGCUGUAAGGCAAACCCUAACAGCUGCUUUGUGCCUUGAAAACUUCUCUUCACAAGUUGUUGAAAGGCAUAAUAAACCAGAGGUAGAAGUAAAGAGCAGCAAGGAACUGCUACUUACACCAGUAGUAAUCAGUAGAAAUGAGAAGGAAAAAGUGCUUAUAGAAGGUUCAGUCAACUCACUCAGGAUUAGCAUAGCAGUAAAACAGGCUGAUGAAAUUGAAAAAAUUCUGUGCCACAAAUUCAUGAGAUUUAUGAUGAUGAGGGCAGAAAAUUUUGUUAUUCUCAGAAGAAAACCAGUAGCGGGAUAUGAUAUUAGUUUUCUGGUGACCAACUUCCACACGGAACAAAUGUACAAACACAAGAUAGUUGAUUUCAUCAUUCAGUUCAUGGAGGAAAUUGACAAGGAAAUUAGCGAAAUGAAACUGGCAGUCAAUUCUAGGGCACGUAUCUCAGCAGAGGAAUUUCUCAAGAGGUUUUAGCAUGACAUAAGUAUGAACAGCAAAUUUUCACUGCACUGAAGAUGGAAGUAAUAGUUUUCCAAAGGACACAAAGAAAAUGUUCACAGACUUUAGACAGUGAGCAGACCAUUCUCUCCGGUGUUUUGUUAUGAACUAUUUCUUAGAUAAAGGUGGAAUUGUAAUUAAAUCCCACACUGGAGCUUAUUUAAGGCUCAUCACACGGCCGUCUUCAGGUGAACUGGGACUCUCACCAAUGUCAAAUGAUGACAAUCUGCACUUUAGAUUUAAUUACAGUUUUGCCUUUGUCUUGAAACAACUGGAAUAGACCAAAUGCUGACAGUAGCAGCUCUGUUAAAUGCUAGUAGAAGAGCUGCUGAAGUGGCCUAGGUGCAGUGGCCAAGCACUAUAAAUACAAUUUAUAACCUAUAAAUAAGUUUUAGGAAGUUGACAAAUUAUUGUCACAAUUGUUAAUUAGCCUAAGAAAUGGCAAUUUUUAGGUAUAUAAAAUUGUUGGAGCUGUUUAUAUUCCUUAACCAUUCCAUUUUGAAUCUGGUAAAAAUAUAAUAGCA